AUGGAAAUGAAGGAGGGGGAGGGAGAAACGAUGGAGGAGGAGGUAACAGACUGCCAGAUUGCUCCAUGGCAGACCAGCGUGGCCUCUGGCACUGUCACCACCACUGCCACUGCUGCUUCUGUUGUUGUUGCUUCUGGACUCUCUCUGUCUCUGCCUCCAGCCAAGAAAGCCAAAUCACUACCUCAUGUCAUUUUACCUACUUUUCCUGUUUGUUUCUUAACAGUGAUACUGGGAGACUUUGUGGAUGUCCCUCCAAAUGAUUCAGUGCGCUCUUUAGCAGAGGAGGAGACCACAUUACCAUGUAUCUACAGUAAACCCAGCCCAGAUGUAACAGUGGUACAGGUCUCAUGGUUUAAAGAAAACAGUGAUGGCACCAAAGAGCAGCUCAUCACUGCACACCAUGAAAAUGGACAAACAGCGUUUGGGACGUGGUCUCGGCGGCUGCGCUUCAAAAGCAGCGAACCCACCGUUGAUUCCUCUCUGGUUCUCAUGACCACUGAGACCUCUGAUGAGGGGAAAUACAUUUGCCAGGUCGACACCUUCCCCCUCGGCAAAUAUAACAAGGAGAUGUCACUCACUGUGUGGACUGUUCCUAUCUCCUCUCUUGAUCCUGUCAUCCUGGAGGAGGGAAAGCCGUAUGGAGUUGCCGCUUCCUGUCGCUCUGUAGGCAAACCGUCCCCCACCCUGUCCUGGGACACGGAGCUGAACGGCCAGUCCACCAACCGCUCCUCUGACAAUGGGGCGGUCACCUCCCACUUCUCCCUGUACCCACUGAGGGGCAUGAACGGCAAGAGGCUAGACUGUUUGGUGUGGCAUCCAACGUUUCAGGGCCCCCGCAGGAUCAGAAACAAGCUGGUGGUGCACUUCCCUCCACAUGCAGAGGUGACUGGCUACAAAGAAGACUGGUAUACAGGUAUGCAGAAUGCAGCCCUGAGGUGUGUGAGUGGAGGAAACCCCAGACCACAGAGUUUCACCUGGACCAGAACUGGUGGACAGCUGCCAGAAGGUGUGAUAUCCCACCCUAAUGGAACACUAUUUUUUGGGAGACCCCUAAGCAUGUCAGAUGGAGGCUUAUACCAGUGUAUGGCGAAGAAUGAAGUGGGAAUAGGGAGAGCGGAGAUGGAGGUGACUGUGGCAGAGUCCAAAGAAAUCAAGCCCCCUCUUGAAAACAUGCUAAUGAUCAUCGUGGGAGCAGUGGCUGGCGGUUUGCUGAUCUUAAUGCUUAUCAUUAUCAUCGUUGUCACUUGCCACCACAAGCGCAAGAACAAGAAACUGGAGAGGGAGCUCACUGAAAAGAAGGAGGAAAUAAGCACUCUCUCCAGGCAUGCAUCUUUUCGGAGAAUGAACUCAAUCAGCACAGACGCCAGAGGAGCGACAGAGGAAAACAUCCCUCUGAGGGUGGAGGGAACCCUGAGGACCAGCCUGUCUUCCCUCGGGGAACAGCCGCACUGCCGUGAUAGCCGAUCUACUAUCUCUGGUGGGCGGGGAGGAGGAGUGGGAGCAUUCGACUACCUUGGCAGACCAGUCCUGCACAACAACUCUCGCAGAGGGAGAGAGAGGCCUCUAGACAUAGACGAGGAGAACCGGCUCAGAGUGGAGACAUAUGUGAGAAACAGCACUAUGUCUCUACAGGAGACCCGUUACCAGCCUCCUCUCCUGCCCCCGUCCUACCCUGUACAGUCCACUGAGGUUAUUAGGCAGAUGAACGGCAGCAUCAUUAUCCCAACAGAUGGGGGUUCACGACCUGCAAGUGUUACCAAGAAUCACCAACAUUCUACUCUGAGCAACACCUAUCCACCUGUAACAGAUGAUGAGGAUGAAGUGGAUGAAGGUUUGGGGGGUCCCGCCAGUCAGGAGCAUCCUGAUGACCAAGACAGCGAGACCAACAGCUCCCAAGUGUCUGAGGCUCACAGUACUCGCUACCAACACAGUAACGGCUCAUUGAGACCCAAACUCAGGCCAAUACCUCCUCUGCUCAGUCCCAGUCCCCAUGCUUCCAUUAUCCACAAGGCACAGAUCGUCUAACAGACAGCUGGAAGAAAAUGUAUGAAACAACAGAACUGGGCAGCGCUGCUCUUGGAAGUUGUUCAAAUGUGGAUAUGAAAGCAAGAUUUGUUUUCUGUCCAGAAAAUCAACAAUGCAAACAGUGGUUGAGUCGACUAUGCAAGACGUACACCUGGACUACACUGCUUCUAUAUUGUGUGGGAACACAGUGCAAUAGGACAGAGGCUUCAAUGAAAAUUCUACGCUAAUACAUCUACUGGACACACUUAUAUGAUGACCUACAGUUAGGAUUUUGGGCAAAAUCAAAGACAGUUUUGGUCAAUGUUACAGUAUUUCCACAGUAGCUUCUGUUUUAAAGCAGAAGACAUGUAUCGGUCUGCUUUUGUAAUACAGUAUCUAUUACUCUAAUAAGCUGUAACAAACGGGUGAAUGCCGUUCACAUACCAUCUGUGUGUGAUGUUGAAAGCACUCUGAGACAGAUACUGUAAGAAAUCACUACACACGGGAAAGAGACAAGGCUGUGGAGAGUUGGUUCAUCAGAAAAGUAGAUUGCAACACCUCUGUAGUGCGGGUGGAUUUUUUGCUCAAGUGUUGUUCAGUGUACCUGUAACUGGGCCUGUGUGAAGUUCCUUACACAACAUGGUUUGGGAUCAGAUCCAAACCAUGGGUUUGCCACACCUGCAACAUGCAUACCUCCAUAUUGUCUUACUGUCCCCAUGCCUGUGCCUCGAGCACUGAGACAGUUUUGAUCAGAUAGCCAAAGCAUGACUAAUGUGUCUGUAAAAGGUCUGCUUAAAAAUCUUAUAUUCUUAAACUUAUAAUGCCUUUAUUACAAAAAAAAAUAAAUAGAACAUUAGCAUAAUAUGAAAUUCAAUAUACAGUAUCUACUUGUUCCCACAAGUCUCAUUCCUUAACUGAUCUUUCUGUGGCACCAAAUGUAAUCAUGUACAUAAACAUUUUGUUUUACUUGUGGAUUUUGUUUUAUGUAUUACUGUAAAGCUUCAUGGAUACUUUUGGAAACUUUUACAAAACAUUUGAGACCAUAGAUGCACAUCAUCUGUGGCUGCCAGAAUGGUGGUUACAAAAAUCUUCUUUACCUAAUACAGGGAAAUGUCACUCAAGAAAGAAUUUUUACAUAGUUUGUUACAAAAGUUGAAAACUGUGGCAAAGCCAAGCACAAUAUUUCUAUCACACAUAUUUUUUUCUAAAUACUAUCGGGUUCUGUCAUAGCUCAGAUAUGCGUAACAAUGUGCCAAACACUAAAAAAAAACAGUUUUGCUCUCAAGGCAAAUAUGAAGUAUUAAUUAACACCGACUUUUUUUUUUAACUUCUUUAUUUUUUUUCUCUCAAGGCCUGCCUCUGUAUGGGACAGAUUGUGGUAGAAGUAAUGUGCCAUUUCAUUGCACCCACCAAGUUACAGCUGAAUGUAGGCAGUAUUUGUGGCAGACAGUGCCCCCGGGUGUGUGCAGCUGAAAACUGCAGAACUAUACUGAACUAUGAAAGACUCAGCUUUCCACUGUGAUUCUGGAGAAUUACAGUCUCAUCUUGGUCAAGUGCCUACUUUUUAUAUAUUAGGGGCUUAAUUUUGGUACAUUUUAUAUGGAUGAAUUGAAAUAAAUGCUUCUCCUCACAAAGUGCAUGACACAUUAAUGCUGAAAGAUAUUUACCCUGUCAUUUGUUGCAUUUUUCUUCUGAUUCUUUUUGUAAAUAUUAACCUUAUUUAGUCAAAAGUGUUCCCAUUACAAGUACAAAAAUGUAUGCCAGUACAUCAUAGAUAGAAUAAUACCUUCCCUUGGUGUGUGAUGUAUAUGCAUGCUGUAUUUUGAUUUAACUCUAUUAACUUUUUUUUUUUUUAAAUACAGUCUUGACCUUAACCAUGUAAGUCACAUCCAUCUUUAAAACAUAAAUAAAGUAUAAUUAUUGCUGCGGGUUCACAUAAAACAAAAUAUAAUGGCAGUGUAUUCAGAUUGUUUACUUACAUACUGAUAUUACAUGUGAAAAUAAUUCAUUACAAGUAAAAGUUUGAUAUUCAAGGCUGUACUUGAAUGUAAGUAUUAUCAGCAAAGUGUACUUAAGGUGGUUAUUGUCCAGUAAAACAGUUCUUGUGAGUGUUUUACCAUUGUGUAAUAUUGUUUAUUAAUGUUUUACUGCUGAAUUAUGUGCAUUUUUUAUUUUACCACUGUACAUGUUAAGGCUGAGCUCGUUAUUUUAUGUGCUGUUGGUAGUUUUAACCCCAACAAUGCAUCAUGUUUUAAUUGGUUAUCAUAUGUUGUUUGUGUAACUAUCUUGUGAGAACAAUGUAUCUCUAAGAAGUUCAACUCUGUCUGAAUGCCUUUUCCAGUAAAACCAAGAAUUUUUUUUUUUGCUCUAAUUAUAAAGGAACACUUCAUCUUUCAGUUUGUCACAUUCAAAAUCAGUAUGUUUGCAGAUAUUUGUGUUUUGUUGAUUAGGAAUGGGAUGAAAAAUUGUAAUGUGAAUGUAAAUUACCAGUCAGACAAACAUGGAGUAAAAAGUAUAUAAAUAUUUGACUCAAAGAUACGAGGGAAAGUAGAAGUAAAAAGUUGCAUAAAAUGUAAAUACUCAAAGUGACAGUAGUUAAGAUUACAUACAGUACUUAUAUGAACACUUAAUUCCAUCCCACUUCUGUAGUAUAGUGGGGAGACUAAUCCUACAGAACACACCUCUUUAACUACAAUAAUUUUUUUCUUUAAUUCUUAACCAUUACCCAGAAACCAGUUUUCACAUACAGUGAAUUCAGUUGUAUUGGGAUAUCAUUGUUUAUUUUUUAAUGUCUUUUGUUAUUUUAGGCCAUUUUGACCAAUAAUAAGGCCUUUCAUUAAAUGCAGUUCAGGGUUAGCAAGUCUGUUCAGAAAUAAUUAAAGUUUUUGCUUGGUCUUAGAAUUCUA